AUGAGCACCAGUUGGACCCCAGAUGGUUCAUCAAUUCAUCAAUUGGCGACUCUGUUGAAAAACUCGAUGUCUCCUAAUCCUAAUGAAAGUACUACUGCUUUGGAUUCUUUGAAAAGCUUCCAAUUACAACCUGAAUUUUUUAAUUAUCUAUGUUACAUUCUAAUUGAAGGUGAAACUAGUGAGGAUCUAAAAGCACAUUUCUCUGUUGUUGAUUUACAAAAUAAUAGAGCAACUGCAGGUAUGUUGUUAAAGAAUUCCAUGUUAGAAAAAGGUGGUUUUGUUAAAGGCAACCACAACAUUGAUUACGUAAAAUCUCAUAUCAUUCAUGGUUUAUACAAUUCUAAUAAUUAUUUAGUAUCAAAUGUUACUGGUAUUGUGAUUACUACUCUAUUCUCAACAUAUUAUAGACAACAUAGAGAUGAUCCAACAAGUAUGCAAUUAUUAUCUCAGUUACUAAAAUUGAUUUCAAAUGGUAAUGAAGCUAGUGCAAAAGCUUUAUCUAAGAUUAUGGAAGAUAGUGCUCAAUUUUUCCAAUUGGAAUGGGCAGGUAAUGUUAGACCGAUGGAAUUUUUGGUGGAAAACAUAAUGAAAUUUAUCUCAGGUCCACAGUUUUCUCCAGUCAUAAAAGCCGAAUCCAUAAAAUGUAUCAAUAAUAUAAUCCCAUUGCAAACCCAAGCAUUUAUUGUAAAAAUAGAUGAAUUUUUGAAUAACAUUUUUUCGCUAGCGCAAAGUAGUGAGGAUGAUCAAAUAAGAUCACAAAUAUGUGUUAGUUUUGCAGUUUUAUUGGAAUUUAGACCAGAUAAGUUGGUUGACCAUCUUUCCGGUAUUAUUCAAUUUACAUUACAUAUUAUUGGCUCUGUUGAGGAUGAAAAAGUUGCUAUCGAAGCCUGUGAGUUUUUAUAUAGUUUUGCAACAAGCCCUAAUAUGCCAGAACAUUUGGUACAACCAUUUAUAAAUGAUAUUGUCCCAGUGUUAUUAGCAAAGAUGGUUUAUAACGAAGAUAGUAUAUUAACUUUUGAAAAUUCCAAUGAAGACGAUGCUUUCUUAGAAGACAAAGAUGAAGAUAUUAAACCUAUUGCACCACGUAUCGUUAAAAAAAGAGAUGGUAAUGAUGCUGGCGAUAAUGAAGAUGAUGCAGACGAUCAUGAAUUUGGAGAUAUUGAUACUGAAUGGAACUUAAGAAAAUGUUCUGCUGCAACUUUAGAUGUUAUUACUAACGUCUUACCACAGCACGUCAUUUCUAUUGCCUUCUCUUAUUUAAGAGAACAUUUAACAUCAGAAAAAUGGUAUGUCAGAGAAGCUACUGUUUUAGCCUUGGGUGCAAUGGCAGAUGGUGGUAUGAAAUAUUUUGAUGACCAAUUGCCAUCGUUGAUCCCAUUUUUAAUAGAACAAAUGAAAGAUGACUGGGCCCCUAUUAGAAAAAUGUCAUGUUGGACUUUAAGCAGAUUUUCACCUUGGAUUUUAAAGGAUCAUACUGAAUUUCUGUUACCUGUCCUUGAAGCUAUUCUUAUCACUUUAGUUGAUAAAAAAAAAGAUGUGCAAGAAUCUGCAAUUAGUAGUGUAGCUGUAUUUAUUGAAAAUUGUGAUGCAGAAAUUAUUGAAACAUUAUUAUACAAUGAAUUGUUACAAAGUUUUGGGAAGUGUUUUGCUGUAUACAAGAAGAAAAACUUGCUUAUCCUGUAUGAUGCAGUUGGCAGGUUUGCUGAAAAGGUUGAAUUAGAUGACUCGGCUAUGCAAAUAAUUUUACCUAAUUUAAUUUCAAAGUGGACUGCCUUACCUGAUAAUGAUAAAGAAUUAUGGCCAUUAUUAGAAUGUUUAUCUUGUGUGGCUACCUCUCUUGGCGAUAAAUUUAUGCCUAUGGCUCCAGAGGUUUAUGGAAGGGCGUAUAAAAUCUUAUGCAACUGCGUUGAUUUGGAGAUCAAGUCUCAAAACGACCCAACAGUACAAGUUUCAGAAAAAGAUUUCAUCAUCACAUCUUUGGAUAUGAUCGAUGGUUUAGUCCAAGGUUUAGGAACUGCAUCUCAAGAAUUAUUGUUUCCUCAAGUAACAAAUGACACUACACUAUUACAAGUAAUGGUUCACUGUUUACAAGAUCCUGUUCAUGAAGUUAGACAAAGCGUUUUUGCACUUUUAGGGGACAUUGUGUAUUUUUACAAUCCACAAAUACUUUCAGGAACAUUGGCUCAAUUUCUAAAAUUCAUUGGCACAGAGAUUAUGCAUAAUGAUGAUGUUGAUGGUGUGCCUGCAUUAAUCAAUGCAAUAUGGAGUUUAGGUUUGAUUAGUGAAAGGAUAGAUUUGAAGAAUUAUAUAAUAGAUUUAUCACGUGUAAUCCUAGACUUAUUCACAAACACUACAAUAGUUUUGGAUAGUUCAGUAACUGAAAAUAUCGCAAUCACCAUUGGUCGCAUGGCAUUGACUCAUCCGGAGGUAUUCACAUCAGGUGUCUUCUGUUCUGAUGCAAUUUGGAAUAAAUGGUGUGAGUCUGUUAAGGAUUUAGAUAUCCUUGAAGAAAAAACAUAUGCCUAUAUGGGUUUCAUCAAAAUUGUAAAUAUUACAGGUGAUCAAGUUUCUAUGUCCGAUAACACUCUAUCCGAACUUAUUAAAGGAUUGUCGAAGGAUGUAGAAGUAUCAAUGUUCUCUGAAGACGUUUUAUCAUUAUUGAUGAAGUAUGCUUCAAAAAUCCAAACAUUGAAAUUAACACCCGAUGAGCAAAUGUUCCUACAGCAAUUUUCCUCUAACUAA